AUGAAAGCAAUUUUGUCACCACAUAUGCUGCUGCUCAAAUUCCCAACACACUCAGGAGUCGGUCAGGUUCAAGGAGACCAACUGAGCGCGCGGAUAUGCUACAUGUCAUCCACGGCGAAAUCGGCAACCCAGACGUCAGGGCCAAGGCCGCCCAAAACACUGGCCGUUACCCACCCAAGCAUGCCGAACGGCAAAGGAGGGACCGAACGUCCCGAUGACCCCCGGGACGACAACGUCACGCCGCAAGCUCAACCUGCCGAAGAGCUCGAAACGAUCUCCAUCUUUGACACACAGGAUCGGCAGGUCCGAAUCGGCACUUCCCUCAGUCCGUCUCUUCGAACCGACUUCCUUGCCUUUUUGAGGGACAAUUCGGAAGUUUUCGCCUGGUCUUACAACGAUAUGCCUGGUAUCUCCCUGGACGUCAUCAGCCACAAGCUCAACAUCUCCCAUUCUUUCAAGCCAGUCCGACAGAAGAGACGAUCCCAUGACGCCAAACGAUACGAGGCCAUGAAGACCGAAGUAGACAAGCUUCAGGCAAUCGGCUUCAUCCGAGACGUCACCUACCCCAUUUGGCUUGCCAACUCAGUUUUGGUGAAGAAAUCUGGCGGUGCCUGGAAAAUGUGCCAGGAUUACACCAAUCUGAACAAAGCAUGUCCGAAGGAUAGCUUUCUACUACCAAGAAUUGACCAACUGGGGGAUACCACAGCUGGCCAUGAGCUCCUCAGCUUCAUGGACGCCUACUCCAGCUACAACCAGAUCUUCAUGCAUCCUACAGAUUGUGAGCAUACGGCAUUUAUUACCGACAGAGGGCUUUAUUGCUACAACGUCAUGCCGUUCGGCCUAAAGAAUGCUGGAGCUAUGUAUCAGCGACUAGUCCACAAAAUCUUUGCCGAACUCAUUAGCACUACAAUGGAAGUCUACGUAGCCGAUAUGCUAGUCAAAAGUCGGACCGCCGGCGAUCAUCUUCGAAACCUCUCCCUCAUGUUCGGCAAGCUGAAAAAAUACAACAUGCGCUUGAACUCGAGCAAAUGCGCCUUCGGCGUCUCUUCCGUCAAAUUCCUGGGUUUCAUGAUCAGCCAAAGGGGGGAUUGA